AUGCCCGCGCCGCGCUUGAGCUCGAGGUCUCGGAGAAGCCUGAGGGGAAGGAGUAGGGGGGCAAGAAGGAAUACCAGCGAUUCGUCGUCGUGCAACGGCAUCUACGUCACCGGGACCGAGGUGCUCCACACGGACCCGCUGACGCGGCAGCUGAUGCUCAUGCUGCUGGCGGUGGAGACCAAGGCCAAGGUCUCGAUGCCGGAGGAGCGCGGAGGGGGCUCCGUGAAUCGGGAAUGGAUCAGGUUGAAGCUGAAGGAGCUCCUGACGAUGGUGGGCCGCAGCGAUGUCGACCUAGAACAGCUCGACACACACACCUUCUACUGCAAGGACCGCAAAGAGAACCAGUACGGACCGUUCCCCGCGAAGCAGCUCGUGGAGGCGCACAACGCGGGCUACAUCAACGACCGCAAGGUUUUGGUCAAGGAAGCCAGGAUGAAGGGAGAGUUCCGGCCGAUGGGUGCACGCGCGUUGAUGCACGGGCCCUCCAGCGACGAGGCGUUCAAGUCGCUCACCAUGUGGCCGCAGGUGGACGCGCACCACCCCCUUGCGGACAGGAUUCUAUCCCCCUCUGACGGGUCCUCCCACGACUUCCGGGAGUGGGGGUUCAACAUCUUCGGGCUGGACAAACAGGAGCUGGGCAUGCUGGCGGCCACCGUACUCGCAGAGACGGGCCUUCCUCGCACGUUCGGGAUCAGCAUGAAGACGUUCGCGCACUUCAUGUCGGCGGUGGGUUUCUUCAUGGGGAGGAACCCUCGCGUGUCCUACCACAACCUCUACCACGCCGUGGACGUCAUGCACGCCACCUACCUCACCCUCGACGGCAUGGGGGCCUCGGGGCUGCUUACCGUUACCGAGCAGCUUGCCCUCAUCCUGUCGGCCCUGUGCCACGACCUGGACCACCCGGGCCUGACCAACUCGUUCCAGAUGGCCACCGAGAGCCCAUUGGCUAGCCUUUACAACGACCAGGCUCCCCUCGAGCACCACCACCUGGCCAUCAUGUUCCAGAUCCUCAGGAGGGAGGGGUGCGACAUCUUGGGACACCUGGAGAAGCCCCAGAGGACGCGCAUCCGAGAGGUGAUGAUCCAGGGCAUCCUGGCGACGGAGAUGUCGGAGCACGGGACGCACAUCAGCAAGGUCGACAAGCUCACCAACGACUUCCCGAGCAUCACGCUCCGGGUGGGCGGUUGGGCCUCGGGGGACAUCGGCCGCGGCACCGACCGGUCGAACCCGGGUCCCCUGCUGUCCCCGCCCCAGCCCGGCGGCGGCGGCGGCGGCGGCAAGGAGGCCCUGGGCAUGUCGUUUUCAUCCAUGGGGCCCCCUUCCAUGCGGGGGGGUCCGCGGAUGGGACCUCGUGCGCUGCUGCAGGUGCCCGGCGCCGAGGCCGCGGCCUUGGGCCUGGCGGACAGCGACAGGCUGGCGGUUGCGAGCGCACUGCUUCACGCGGCGGACCUUAGCUCCCCCGGCAGGCCGUUCGCCACGUGCAAGGUGUGGGUGCUGCGGCUGUUGGAGGAGUUCAAGUUCCAGGCCGAACAGGAGAGGCAGCGUGGCCUGCGGGUGACGGUGUUGGAGGGCCCGCCCUCCGCGUCACAGCCGGGCUUCAUCGACGCCUUCCUCCUUCCGUUCUUCACGGCCCUGCUGCCGAUAGCCCCUGGGCUGGCGGACGAGUACAUCCCCAAUCUGCAGGACAACAGGAACCAAUGGGCCGCAAUCGCAGAGCAAGAGGCUCAGCUCGCUUCCCCAGACAGAAGCAGCAACGUCGACAAGGCCGGCGACAGGAGCAGCACCGGGAGCGUGACCAGCACCGGCCCGGGCAGCGCGGGCGGCGGCGGCAGCGGCGGCGGCGUAGGCCGGCGAAACAGCGGCGGCGCGGACAGCAACGGCAACGGCGGGGGCGGCAGCGGCCUGCCGCCGCCGCCGCCGCCGCAGCUGUCGGGGUCGUCGUCGUCCCCGACGACUUUCGACGGGCAGCGGCGUUACAGCGGCGGCGCGAUCGGCAUCGCCAGCAUGCUGGGCAGCCUGGGCACCGUCCCGACCGGCCGCUCGAUCAGCGACGGCAGCAUCGACAGGCGCGUCAGCAGCAUCAUCAGCACCUCCCCCGGGGUCCCGCCGGAGUUCCCGGGCUUGCGCGAUGGAAGCGCCGGCGCCAGCGCGGGCGGCGGUGGCGGCGGGGCGGCCUGGAGACGGCAGAGCGCGAUGGGGCCGGCGACCGGGGCAGGGCCCGAGUUCGGGUAUCCGAUGUGGCGGGGGGGUGCUGUUCGAGGAGCGAGCGUCCCGCUGGGGGGGGCAGGGUGGGGAGAGAGGACGGCGGGGGACGGGGAGAUUGUGAGCGAGGCCACCGCGGCAGCCAAGGCACAAGGGAUACCACCGGCACCAGCAGCGGCAGGCUCAGCAACAGGGUGGACGAUUGAUGUUGGUGGCGGCGGGGUCGCGGGAGAGGUCAAGGCCGAGGAGGCGGAUUCGGAGGAGCAACAACAGGGGGGGGGUGAGGAGAGGCCGGAGGGGGGAGUCGAAGGACAGGCGCUGCCCGAGGCCUUGCCUGAAUGAAUCGAGAAGAGUAAGCACGGACUGCUUGCUAGGGGGAGAGAACGAGGCACGAUGUCUCGUGCAUUUGGAAGGUCAAGUCAAAAUCUGGGCAUGGCUUGCUGUGUUUUCCUGGGGAGCUCUUUUUUCCCGCGCGAGGCACAAGGCGAAGCAGGCUUGGGCGGUGUAAGUAAAAUGAUUGGGGGGUUCUGGGUUGUAACUAUACGUGGCCUGGGAGCUCGUCAUCCGUUCAAAAAAAAUCUGAAAGGAGACGCCGCCUGCUGGGCUGCUGCGUGUCCUUGCGAAGAUGAUGUGCAGACAGCACGUCACGGCCGCGCGUAGCGUGAGCGUAUUGGUUUUGGGGAAACUGUGUGGUCCCGUCCGUCGUUUGUAGCAUUUGUUCUUUGUUGUUGUGUGGGCUCGUUUAUUGCAUUGCCCCCC